AUGAAAACUCCAGCACAUAUUAUUUCAUUUCAUUUCAUUUCAAAUGAAUCCGUACAACGUUUGCAUCAAUUCCUGUCAAAUGUCACGAUAAUCAAUCAUUCGUUUCUAUAUAAUCAAAAUGACGAACCGAUCGGAAGUUGUCUACCUGUUCUACGACGUCAUUUACAACCAACCGCAUCAAGCAAGGAACAAAUCAGUUCGAACUAUGUGUAUGUAGAUCAUGAUCGCGUCGAAAUCGCAAAACAAGUCGAACAAAUCGUCGAUUAUUAUCGGAAAGAACUCAAACAGGAACCGUAUAAUCAAUUCGGAUGUAAUCAACAAUUAAUAACACGAUUGAUUGAUCUUAUUCGACCAAUCUACUCUUCAAACAAACAGAAAAUCAAGGAUUUGGAUGUUCUAUUGGAAGAUGUUUCUCAUCAACAUGAAAAACGAUCUGCCGAACAAAAAGAAAGAAACGAUCAACUGCAAAAUCAAAUUCGUCAUCUGAAAAAAUCACUCGUGUCAACAUCAACAGAAGACAAUAUUCAAACAAGUCUUAUGAAUGAUUUGUAUCGAAUUAACGUCGCGGUUGAUUAUGAACAAUGGAUGCAAAUCGACGAGGAGACGAAGAAACUUCACGAUUUGGUGAAGACACAGUGUGAACAAAUCAAUACACUGAUCGAAUUUCUAUCAGCGAAAGAUAUUAUAAAAAACGAGAAACCUACUUGCUAUAAUCGGGUGGGACUGAAUGGUACUACACAAAAAUGUUCAAUCUGCGAAUUUGAAUUUCCUGACACAUUUACUGAUGACAAUAUUAAUCAACAUAUGGAAACAUGCUUGAUCUCAUCUGGUCUUGCUGCUGAAAACAUGUCCAUAGAACCUAAACAACUGGCAUGUCCCUUUUGUUCUCAACAGCAAUCAUAUACUGGUCAUCUAGCUUAUCUUGAUCAUCUAUCAAAAUGUUGUAAUGACAUACCGGAUACUGACUGA